GCCACGGGCAGCCGGGCCCGCGCCCCGCGCAGCGAUGCCCAAGGCCAGUGAUACUUUAUGGGAUCUUGCUAUAGCUGAAGUGGAGAAGAGAGAAAAUCCUGAUAAUGAUGAUGAUGUCAAGCCAGGGGAAGUUUGGGAAAAAUCAAUACUAUUUAUGGGAAACAAAAACGGGGGAAAGACCACUAUCAUAUUGAGAUGCCUUGAGAGGGAAGAGUCUCCAAAGCCAACAUUAGCCUUGGAAUAUACUUUUGGAAGACGGGCAAGGAGACACAAUACACCUAAAGAUGUAGCUCAUUUUUGGGAACUAGGUGGUGGAACCUCAUUAGUGGAACUCAUUCGAAUACCAAUCACUAGCCACAACAUAAGGUCAUUUGCUGUAGUUCUGGUAUUGGAUCUAUCCAAACCUAAUGAACUCUGGACUACUAUGGAGAGCCUUCUGCAGGUCACUAGGAGCCACGUGAACAAAAUUUUAACCAAACUAGAAAAGACAAACCCUGAAGUAGCUGCUGAAAUUAAACAGAGAAUGUGGAACGAUCUGCAGAGGGAUCACCCUGACUAUGCAUUAGUUGACCCUUUUCCAAUACCCUUGGUGAUAAUUGGAAGCAAAUAUGAUAUUUUUCAUGAGUUAGACUCUGAAAUGAGAAAAAUAAUAAGCAAGACACUUCGAUUUGUUUCACAUUAUUAUGGAGCAUCAUUAGUGUUUACCAGUAGAUCUGAGGCUCUCCUGCUGAAAGCCCGUGCUCUUAUUAAUCAUUUGGCAUUUGGCUAUGAUAAAAGCAAGUCUGUAUCAGUGGAUCCCAGCAAACCUCUCUUUAUACCAGCAGGCCUGGAUUCCAUGAGCCAGAUAGGACCACCACCUGCCUCUGACAGUGAUCUUGGAAAGAUGCGUGCCAACACGCCUCUGGAACUAUGGAAAAAAGUAUUUGAGAAAACAUUUCCUCCUAAGAGUUUCUGUGAUUUACAAGAUACCAAGGACCCUGCACAGGAUAAUCAGUACACUGAGUAUGAAGUUGAUGUCAUGAGAGCUCAGAAAAACCAGGAACUUGAACAAUACAAAAGAAAUGCCUCUAAAUCCUGGAAAGAAAUGGAUUUUGACUCUGACUGAUGAACUGUUCUGUCUUAAGUAUAACACCCCUUACAAAAUUACUUUUAUCAUUUUUACAUUACAUUAUAAAUUUCAUCUGAAGAAGUUGAAAAUAUGUAAUACCAAGCUAUGAAGUUAGUAUUUAUUAAGCAUCCCUGUUUUUAUUUUUCAUAAAAGGAGCUGUUUAUUCACUCAGACCAAAUUUGUUUAUCUUGGCACUGGCAAAGAGGUUUAAAAAUUGGGGAGAAAAGAAUUCUAGAUUGCUCUCAGAUGGGUUUGUAUAUGAAGACUAGCAUUAGUCAGUUCUACUUAUUUUAUAACACAUUAUUUGAUUUACUUUUGAAUACUUCUACCCUAAGCAUAUAUUUAAGUAUAAACAAGUUUUCAUACCCAAAAUAUGAAAUUGCAUAGUGUUUUAGGCAUCUUUUUGUAGUUCAAAAUCAAAGCUUAAGAAAUAGUUGCAUAAUUGUUUGAUAUAUUUGAAUAAAUAAAUAAAACAGGCAGAAUAAAGUGGAGUUAAAACCAUUUUUGACAUGAAUUCAAAAGUGUG